AGGUGGAAAUGCACCUGUUAGAUAUGGAAAAAGGGGUGCUACCGCUUUUAGAGAAGUAACCCUAAGAACGUAGAGGAUGCUGGGUAUCAAUCCAUUGGAUUCUGGGAAACAUAAAAAGCCAUGUGUGUUUACCUGACUGAAGCGGUAUUUCAGCGGAAGUUCUGUAAUUGGUUGUUGAAGGUAAAUCUUGUACACCGCGAGUUUGUACUAACCGAAUGUAAGUUGACAGUCGCCUAAGAGUGUUGUGUGUACGUAAUUCUGUAAGUUUCAUUUGUUUAUAGCGAUGCAUAUGUUGGAUGUUUACAGAUUUUAGUCCCAGCGUGUGACCCGUGGGAUUUGGGGAGUGUGUCGUGCAUCGAUUACUGCAGACGGACUUUCUGUACAUUAUUUCUGUAUUUUCUGUAUUCCUUAUUUCAACGGAAGAGCAUUUUUUUUUGUUGUACUUCAAGGCAAGGGCGCAGUUGUAAACGUCCCGCACCGAACGAGAGAGGGACAGGGUUGACUGUUGUUUGAGUCAUUAUUUUGUUCCUUUUAUAUUUUGUCUGGAGAAAACCACAAUUAUUUAUAGUCAGAAUAAAACACCCAAAAGACAUUGUUGUGUCCUGCGCUGGUUUAAUUUCACCAGGCCACACAAUUUUGGUACCAGGAGUGGGGUUCUGCAUAAUUGGUGGUUGGAAAGUGUAGAAGUAGGAAGCAUAGUACAGAAAUAACUGUGGUGGUGGGAACCGGCGGCACCUGGUGUUGGAAGAAGACCACCGAGGCCAGGCUGUUCGGGAGGACAGAGUUACGAGACCAGGCCACGGGAGGACAACAGUGGUGACGACGACCGCGUGUUACCAGAUCUGCGGAGGAAAAUCAAGGGACCUCAGGACACCCAGCUAGGACAAUAUCCGAUAAGCUUUUGUAUUCUAUUCCUGGUUUUCAGUUUUCAUACAGACACUUUGCCAUGUCAGACGCAGAGAGAGAAGAUGAGCCGCUGGAAAUGGACCCUGUGGUUGAACUUCAGGCUAAGUUGGCUGCGCUGAGUGAUCAGCAUGGCCAGGCCAUGGCUCAAAUAAACGCCCUGAGUAGUGGCGCCAACCGGUCAUAUGUGUACUUGCCCCGUGACCGCCCAGUCCAACCUUUCAGUGGUGAUGUUCUGGUUGAUGGUCGCUCGAUUGAUGAGUUCAUUGAUGAGGUACAACGGGCGAUCCGAACUAGAGGUUUAAGUGAUGGUGACCAGGUUGAUUUCAUACUUUCUCUUCUCCGGGGCUCAGCACUUGAGGAGGUUAAGUUGUGCACAGAUGAACAGGCAAAUGGCCCUGGUGAAAUUUUCAAUUUUCUCAGAGAAGCUUAUGGGGAAAAACGUAGCGUAGCUCAGCUCCUGCAAACAUUCUACAGCCGUUAUCAGUUAGAGGGUGAAGAUUUCUUUGAAUACUCACAUGCACUGUCCCAAAUCCUUCGCUCUGCCCUUAAGCAAAAGCCAUCUGCAGUGUCUGACGCUAAAAUAGCUGUCAGAGACCAGUUUAUAGAGGGAAUCCAGGAUUCCUCUCUCAGGAGAGAGCUUCGCAAAACAGUCAGGGAGAAACCAGAAUCCACACUUUUAGAUGUGCGGCAGGAAGCCAUUGCUUGGUCACUGGAGGAUAGGCCCAAUGGUCCAAAAGUGGCCAAGAGCAGGAGUGUACUGUGUGACCGAGUGGGGGGGCGGAGUCAAGGUGCAGGGGGUGCACCGGAUAAGGUCCCUUCAACGCUAGAUGAAAUUCUUAAAGUAGUUACUGAGCAAGGCAAGGCUAUAGGAGAGUUGGUCAAUGCGGUGAAGGAGAGUGUCACUCUCCGGGAGAAUGCAUUCAGAAGUGCAAGGCCCAGACCAAGGUUUCAGUUCACAGACGAGGGAAGGCCAAUUUGUUUUAAAUGCAAAGGGGUAGGACACAUUGCCAGGGAAGGUAGGCAGAAUAGACCCGAACGUUCGCCCACUGCCAAUGACGCACAUGUUCCGGGAAACUAGCCCCCUCGGAUGUUGAGAGCCGAGCAAUCCGAGGAGUGACCAAAGGCUCUGAAACCCUAACUCGUGAGCGAUUUUUAGAAUGUGCUGUUGGGAAGUGCCCAGAGGUUGAAGUGGAAGUGGGGGGAGUCAAGGCAAGAACCCUGUUGGAUACGGGGAGCCAGGUUAGCACCAUUUCUGAGUCAUUUUUUCGGCAGCAUCUACUUGGGAGAAAUGAGGAUUUAUCCCCCACAGCCGGCUGGCUGAAGUUAACUGCAGCUAACUCACUGCCAAUACCUUACAUAGGUUACAUUGAGAUGGACGUGCAGGCACUGGGGUUAACGAUCCCUGAGUGUGGGUUUUUGGUGGUCAAAGAUUUAGCCCCGGGACAAUCAGGGCAAGAAAGCCAGGGGACAGUUUCAGACCAGUCUAAGGCAGAUGGGG